AUGAACAACGGCGAUGCGACCAUCGACAUUCCCUUGCAGGAGGUGCACACAGCAAACACCAGGAAUGACAGCUCGACGCCCUUUGCCGGCAAUGGCGACGGCCUCUCGAAGACCACAUCCCGCCAACCCCCACGCACAAUCGCCGGACGACGAGCCAGGAGGAACAUGAACAACGAGUCGGUCGGCUACGAUGGAGAGGAAGACACGCUCAACCGCAUGGGCAGAAUCUACAACAAGAUCCUCAACUUCAGCAUCAUCACCCGCUACUUUGUCUACGUCUCUCCCCUCGCUCUCUGCAUCGCCAUUCCCAUCAUUGUUGGAGCCACGGCUGCACCCAAUGCGAAGAUUGGCGGUGUCCCAAUCGUCUGGUUCUUCACAUGGAUUGAGAUUGUCUGGCUGAGUCUGUGGGGUUCCAAGAUCGUUGCCCAUUUCCUCCCCUUUGUCUUCCAAUUCGUCGCCGGUGUCGUCAGCUCGGGCACUCGCAAGUACGCACUCAUCAUCAAGGCCCUCGAGAUUCCACUAUCUCUGGCAGGAUGGGCUAUUGCCUCUCUAGCCACCUUCAUCCCUCUCAUGACACGCAAUCCCUACGGCCGCGCCCACAACCAAGCAAUGUCCCACUGGAUGAAGAUCAUGAACCAGAUUCUGGCCGCUUGCCUGAUCGGUACCCUCGUACUCUUGAUCGAAAAGUUCUUCAUUCAGCUCAUCAGCAUCAAUUACCACCGCAAGCAGUUCAACGCCCGUAUCAAGGAUUCGAAGCGCAACGUCUUCUUGCUCGGCUUGCUCUACGACGCCUCCAGAGCUCUUUUCCCGGCCUACGAGACCUUUGCCGAAGAGGAUUACAUGAUCGCCGAUCAGCUCAACCUCAGCAUGUUGGGCGGAAAGAAGGGGGCAGACCACAAGCGUUCCGGUUCAGUCACUCCAUUCCGUUUGUUGCAGAACGUUGGAAGAUUUGGUGAUCAGGUCACCUCGGCCUUCGGAAACGUCGCUCAGGAGAUUACUGGAAAGCAGGUCUUCAACCCCAACAGUGCUCAUUCUAUCGUUACUGGCGCACUCGAGAAGAGACGCACCUCCGAGGCCUUGGCCAGACGUUUGUGGAUGUCUUUUGUCAUGGAGGGCAAGGAGGCAUUGUACGAGGACGACAUAAUCGAAGUUCUCGGUGACAACCGCCGAGAGGAAGCCGAAGAGGCUUUCAUCAUGCUCGACAAGGACUGCAACGGUGACAUUUCUCUCGACGAAGCUGUCCAGCAGAUCAUCCAAAUCAGCCGUGAUCGUAAGGCUCUUGGUACUAGCAUGCACGAUGUUGAUCAAGCCAUCAACGUUCUGGACAGACUUCUUAUGGUCAUCGUCUUCAUCAUCAUCAUAUUCACCUUCAUCGCCUUUCUCAACGCCAGCUUUACCACCACACUGGCCACUGCUGGAACCACUCUUCUCUCCUUGUCAUUUGUCUUCUCCGUUACCGCCCAGGAAGUCUUGGGAUCCUGUAUCUUCCUGUUUGUCAAGCACCCUUACGACAUUGGAGAUCGUGUUGACAUUGGCGCCGACCAUCUCGCUGUCGACCACAUUUCUCUGUUGUUCACCGUCUUCCGUCGCAUCAGUGGUGCAGAAGUUGGCAAAUGCGUCCAGAUCCCCAACAACGUGUUGAACACUCUCUGGGUCGAGAACGUCAGUCGCAGCAAACUUAUGAAGGAACAGCUUACUCUCGACGUCAGCUUCGACACUACUUUCGAGGACAUUCAGCUCCUCAAGAACGAGCUCAUCAACUUCGUCAUGGACAAGGACAACAGCCGCGACUUCCUACCUGACAUUGACGUUGAGGUGCUAGGAACUUCAGACAUGUCCAAGCUGCAACUGAGAGUCGAGGUCAGACACAAGGGAAACUUUGCCAACGAGACGCAACGUGCAGCUAGACGCUCCAAAUUCAUGUGCGCACUCGUCCAAUCAAUCCGUAGAGUUCCUAUCCACGGUCCUGGUGGUGGCGCCGAUGCACUGGGCGGUCCUGCAAACCCCACUUACUCCGUUUCAGUCUCUGAUGGAUAUGCUAGUGAGGCUCGCGAAGCCUCUGCUGACUCCAAGGACAAGGCUCGUCUUGUGCCACUCAAGAAGGUCGAAGAAGCCUUGAGCCCUUCUCAGACACGAUCAAAACACACAGGCACUGGCCCUCUUGGCCUCUCAGCCAAGGAAGCUGCAAUUGUCAACAACUUGCACUCCCAAGCACCGGGACUGGACACUACUCGCGAGGAGCCAUGGAUGGAGAACGGCAGUAGCACAUUGGAUGAGCGUACAAGCAUGGACCGCGCUCAGGACAUCGAAGAAGUCCGAGGCCUGCUUCAGAGAGAGAACACAAAGGGCAAACGUCGUCCGUCGAACCACCCUUCCAAUGUACCCGCCGUACCGACCAUCACCGAGACGGUGCCUCCGUUCGCCUACACUGGAUACGCACAAACAGCUGAAGCAAGUCUCGAAGUUGACGAGUAUGAGCAGUACCGUACCCAAGCUCAAGGCGGUCAAACGGGCCAGGGAUUGAACCUCAGCAUUCCAAACACUGGACCUGCUCUUCCUACCAGCCCAUCGGCGUAUGUCCAAGGCUCAAACUAUGUCGAUGUGGACAGGACGACAUCGGGCCGUCAAGGUCAGAACACCGACAUCAGACAGGUGGGCAGAAGCCCUAGCAACCCUUACCGUCAACAAUCGACCAAAAGAGCUUCCAAUCCUUACGAUAGCGAUUGA